UCGAAAUUGAAAGCCAUUUGCGCAAAUACGUUUCCGACACCCUUUGUUGAUAAAUCGAUCGAAUACCUGCCUAGGUAUUGGCGAAAGCAAACGGACCCACGUGGACCCCUAUGAACUCUUAGCUGCCUCCGAUCACAAGGUUAUUUUGGAUGGAAACUGCACUUCGUCAAACUCAUUGAGCGAUGGGGGACGAGAGCAACAGCGGCGCGGCGACGGCGCAGCAGAAGGAGCUCGAUGUCACCUUGAAGGGCGUCGACAUGAGCGACGAGAUGCGGAGCCACGCAUGUGCCUGUGCUCGCGCCGCGUUCCAAGAGCAUACGGUGGAGAAGAACAUCGCCGAGUACAUCAAAAAGGAGUUCGACGCCAAAUACGGGCAGAGUUGGCACUGCAUUGUGGGUCGCAACUUCGGAUCAUAUGUGACACAUGAGGCCAAACAUUUCAUCUAUUUCUAUAUGGAUUCAAAGGCUGUGUUGUUAUUCAAGUCUGGGUGACAGUUUCUUCCUGAGUUGGCAUGCCCACUUCACUUCAUACAUCUUAUUCACCUCCAAACUUGGCUUGAGCCUACUUUAUUGUAUGUUCUGAGUGUUCAUCCUUUAUUUAUUUCCUCGGUUCUUUUCUGCGUGCUUCUCAGCUCAGUUGGUCGGUUCAAAGAUGCCUCUCCAUACUAAAAUAGUUCAGCAGCUCUUAGAAGUGAAUAUAGCAGUACUCUGGCCUGAUGAUAGCCAGUUGUAAUGCAUUUGGUGUUUUCACUUAACUGCUGUUUCAUCUACCCAUGUUAAUAUUUAGUUUCAAGCAUUAUUGCUA